CGUUCCAGGACAGGAUGGGUCUCAUAUGCCUCACCGUUCUGCUGGCUGCCAGCCUGACACUCGGCGCAGGCAAGAUCUCAGAGUACCAGUUGGAGUCGGAGACUCUGAGUCAGUGUGAGUUGCUGCGUGGUGGUGUUGGGGCAGCUCAGCAGCGGGACCACGUACCCCAGUGCUCAGAGGAUGGACGAUUCAGGCAUGUGCAGUGCAGCAGUGCGGCGGCUGAGUGUUGGUGUGUGGACUCUGAGGGAUCUGAGCUUCCCGGCAGCAGACAGAACGGAUCAGCCAUCCACUGUCUGACCUCAUGCCAGCAGCACAGACAGCGUGUCCUCCAGCGUGGCAAUGAUGACACCCUGCUCCCUGCGUGCUCAGACUCUGGAGAAUACCAACCGGUGCAGUGCCAGCCCACCACUGGGCAGUGCUGGUGUGUAGACCAGGAGGGCAUGGAGAUCUACGGGACGCGCCAGAAUGGCAGACCAGCACGCUGUCCUGGUAGCUGUGAGGUGCGUGAGCGUCGUCUCCUUCAUGGAGUAGGCGAGCCCUCCCCUCCACAGUGCUCCGAUGACGGCCUCUUCCUUCCUGUGCAGUGCAAGUUCAUCAACACCACCGACAGGAUGGUGUUCGACCUCCUCCACACCUUCAACAGACAUCCUGAGCUGUUCCAGACAUUUAGUGGGUUUAGAAAGACAUUCCCUGAGAUCUCCAGCUACUGUUUCUGUGCCGACAGCCGUGGCAGAGAGCUCCCCAGCACAGGCCUGGAGCUGCUCCUGGACGAUGUGUACGACACUGCCUUCUCAGACACAGGUGCAGGACGCUCCUUCGGCCAGUCCAACAUGUACCGCAUCUUGCACAGGAGGUUCCUGGCCGUGCAGCUGGCCAUGACUGGACGGUUCAGAUGCCCCACGCCAUGUGAGAGCGAAAAGUCGGCCGCCUCUAAAGCUGCCAACGUGUUUGUGCCCUCCUGUGAUGCCAGCGGACUGUACAUGCCCACCCAGUGUCAGGCUGGGGGUCAGUGCUGGUGUGUUGGUGCAGAUGGAAGAGAGGUGUUUGGGACACGUCAGCAGGGGCAGCCUGACUGCAGUGCUGGUUUGAGGGACUGCCAGUCAGAGCGGCGACAGGCCCUCUCGAGGCUCUUCUCUGGCCCUGUGGCCGUCCGUCCAGCCGACCCACGGCACGAGAGCGCGACCCCGUUCUCUGUCUGCAGCCCUGAGUUCCAGGAGCUCCUGGCCAAAUCCGGCCUUCUCCAGUCCCUGUCCGAGUCGGACCGCUCCGAUAUGGGAGACAUCCUGUCGGAGCUGGUGCAGGGCAUGUUCCCCUCGGGUGCCCUGGCUCUGAAGGCCCUGAGCCUCAUCCCGAACCCCAAGAGGCUGCAGGAGAACCUCUUUGGGGGCAAGUUCCUGAAGAACGCCGGCAACUUCAACUUCACUGGCGCCGUAGGCUCCAGCGGCACUCUCAGCUUCAGCCAGACCUUCAGCCAGGUGGGAGUCACGCUGUCUGGAGCCCAACUGGAGCAGCUGGCCAAGAUCUUCUCUCCGGAAUCCGGGAUGGUGAUGGUGAACCUGGACCAGAUGAUCACCGACGCCUUCGGGCGCUCCGUGAGCUUGAAGGGCAACCAGGAUCUGAUCCGCCUGCUGGGGUCAACCUUGGAGAGCGAGCCUUUCCUGGCCACCCUCCGAGAGGCCAUCACCGUCCUGAAGGCUGAAGACAGCACCCAGCUGGGCAGUCUCUUCCGAGCUGUGUUCCAGGGCUCUGACCCAGACAGGUGCCAGUCUCCCUCACAGCUGUACGUGCCCCAGUGUGACCAGCACGGUCAGUUUGAAGAGGUGCAGUGCACAGGCUCCGAGUGCUGGUGCGUUGACUCCCGGGGUCAGGAGGUCAAGGGGUCACGCACAUUGGGGUCGAGACCGAGAUGCCCCAGCCAGUGUGAAAAGGAGCGAGAUGCAGCCAUCAGAGCCAAAGGCAGCAUGUCAGCAGGUGUCCAGGUGUACGUUCCAAAGUGUGAGGAGAGCGGGGUGUAUGUCCAGCGACAGUGCCUGGGCCAGAGCUGCUUCUGUGUGGACAGAUCGGGAAGCAAACUCAGCACACCAGCGGCUGGAACUCAGCAAUGUCCAACAGACUGCCAAAGUAGUGCGGCAGAGGCCUUCCUGAGCACGAUCCGCUCCGUGUUGUCUGACCCGUCCGCCAUCUCCCGCCUCUCGGACAUCUACAUCCCGCGCUGCGCCCCCGAUGGCCGCUGGCACCAGGUCCAGUGUGAUGGCCCCCCGGAGCAGGCCUUCCAGUUCCACAAGGAGUGGGUCCAGCUCAACAACGGUGGCCAAGACCUCGCCGUGCCCGAACUCCUGUCUCUCCUGAGGAGCUAUGGGAAGAACCCUGCGGCCAUGUCGUCGUUUGGUGGGUUCCUCUCGGCUCUGUUUGAGGCGGGGCACCAUAAGGUCUUCCCCAUGCUGAGGACCUUCGCCACGUUCGCUGAUCUUCCUCAGGAGAUGGUGAAGGGACAGGUGGACGCUGUAUCUGGCCCCUCAGUCUUCCUCAACCCUCUGUCAAUGUGGACACUCCUGAAGGGCGAUGCCUCGCGCUACCCUGGCUCUCUAUCGGACUUCAGCCUGCCCCUUGGUCAUGUCGACUUGCGCCAGUGCUGGUGUGUCAGCCCAGCUGGAGACAUUGUACCCAACACAAAGGCACCCCUCAACCAGGUCCCAAAAUGUCCAGGCUCGUGUGCACUGGCUGAGCAGGAAGUGACUCAGUUCCUGGCGAUGGCCGAGGAUCUCAUUUCCGUGUCCAACAGCUCUCACGUGCCUAUGGGCUACAGCUUCCUGCUGGCCGAGGGUGUCCGUCUGUCCCCCCAGGAGCUCUUGCUGUCGCCGGCCGCUCCGACUGGAGCUCAACUCUCCGAGGCUCUGCUUAGCCACUCCAGCUCCUCACUGCGCCUGGCCGCCCACUCCACGCUCCACUUGUACUGGCAGAGUCGCCUGAUGUCCUCUGAUGUGGAAAAGGAGAGUUUGUUGCUAGGCUACCAGCCCUACCAGCCCCAGUGUGACAGCCUGGGCCAGUGGCUGUCCCAGCAGUGCCACCCCAGCACAGGUCAGUGUUGGUGUGUGGAUGAGGACGGACGCUACAUCACUGGAUCUCUUAGCAGCCGCUCCACCCAGCCACCUCAAUGCCCCAGCAGAUGCCAGCGGGCUCAGAGUCUCUCCUACCUCUCUGAUUGGACAAGGCCAACCAGUGACAUCACUUCCUCUUACAGCCCCAGCUGUAAUGAGAAUGGACAGUUCUCUGUGCUUCAAACCGAGGGCUCCUCUGCCUGGUGUGUUGAUCCGGUGUCCGGAGAGACUGUCCAGCCUGCACCUCAGGGUCCUGAUGGAGACUAUAAAUGCCCUGGCUGGUGUGCUCUGCAGAAGGCUCGUGCUCUGAGCAGGGAGGUGGGUGUGGGUUUUGAGCCGGAGUGUGAUCAGGAGGGGGCUGUGUUCUCAGCGCUGCAGUGUGACCAAGCGGACUGUUGGUGUGUGUCUGAGCACAGUGGCCUAGAGCUCCCAGGCACACGUACCCCACGCCGCACCGGACAGACUCCCAGCUGUGACCGUCCUCGGUGCCCUCUUGCAUUUGGCGCUGCCAGCGUCUCUCAUGGCUCUAUUGUGUGCCAGCCUGACCAGCGGGGGCAGCGCUGUGAGGUGCUCUGCCAUCAGGGCUACGUUAGCGUCCUCCCAGCUGCCAGCUUCCUCUGUGACCCCAGCAGCAGCACAUGGCUCUCAGACGCUCCACUCUCCAACACUUGCCAGCGCUCCCAGGUGUUUCAGACUGUUAGCAGUGGUGCUGUCCUGCAGCUGUCUCUGAAGGCAGGUCAAAGGUCAUGUGAUGCCCAGCGCUCUGAACUCCAGUCCUCGCUGCUGCGGGACAUGAGGGCCACUGGACUCUGCAGUGUCCAGAUGUCAGGAAGCAGCCAGCCCAGCGGCGUGUCUGUGUGUGACGAGUCGUCUGUGUCUCUGGAGUGUGUGAGCGAGGAGCGCCUGACCGCACGCUUCACUCUCACCGCACGCCUCUUUGACCUGCCCGCCACUGCUCUCCCAGACCUGCACGACGUGGACAUGGCGUUGAGUAGUGAGCGACUUGUUUCUGGGCUGCUGGAUCUGAUGGGAGGUGAACAGUACCAGCCCCUGCUGUCUGCCACCCAGGCCGAGGCCCUCAUCGCUGAGCCCAGCUUCAGCUGCGCAGCUGGUUACCAGAAGAUCCCAGACGCUAAAGGCUGUGUGGUGUGCCCUGCGGGCACCUUCUCCAGUGGUGCUGCGUGUUCGCCGUGCCCAUCUGGUACCUACCAGGAGCGGGCAGGCCAGAGCGUCUGCCGUCGAUGCCCAGUGGGCACCUCUACCGUGGCUCAGGGGGCAUUCAGUGCCACCCAGUGUCUUACAUCUUGUCAGCGGAGCGGCAUGCAGUGUACCAUGAGAGGAGACUUCCUGUCCACACAGGAAGACGUCCUCUCUGGCAGGUGGCAGUGUGUGACGAUGAGUGGACAACCGUUGCCAUGGACAUCAGCUAAGGAACCAAUCACAGAGCAGGAUUGUGCAGCACUGCAGAACUUUGAUGCAGUGCCUGAACCGCAGCUGGUCUUCAGUGCUCAAGAUUCCAUUGUGCUCCGCUCUGAGACUGUGGCCCUGCCCCAGGAGAAUCAGCUCAGGAAGUGUGCGCUAGAGUGCUCUCAGGACGAGUCCUGCCAGCAUGUGGCCGUCUACAGUGCAGAGGGCCGAACUCACUGUGACCUCUACAGCACCGACCCCGCCAACACCGAGUGCAGGACGACUGAGCAAACCCAAGGCUUUCUGGGUAAUCCAGUGGCAGAGCUGUACCAGAGUCUGAGCUGCUCCCUGAAGCUGAGAGUGGAACAGAGGCCUGACCUCACUGUGCUCAGGAAAAAAGGUCACGAGUUCUCCGCUGCGGUCAGGCAGAAGACCUUUGAGCGUCUGCCCUUCCGUAAGGCGGGUUCUGGGGUCUACCGCACGCUCGUGUUUGCAGCCAGUGGGGCAAAGCUGGCCGAUGCCCACCGCUUCUGUGCGGACAUCUGCAGUCAGGAGGCCUGCUGUGACGGCUUCAUCCUCAACCAGAACAUCCUUAAUGGAGGCUCCCUGAUGUGCGGUCUCCUGAGCCACCCUGACGUGCUGCUGUGCAGCGAGGCGGACUGGGAUGUGGCCGGCCUUGGCCAGUCCAGCAGGAUCUGCGGUGCUGGCGUCCAGUACAACAAACAGAACAAGCGCUUCACCUUUAACUUUGGUGGCCAGGUCUUCAACAUCACUGACACAGCAUUGCCUGCAUCAAGCAAAAACAAAACUGACUACCAGGCCUCCAUCAUUGGCUUCCAGCGAGUCUACAUCUGGAGAGAGACGGACAUGACCACACGGUCCAAGACCUCUGCCUGUGCCAGCUCUCCGUCUGAAACAGCCACUGGAGACCUCUUAUCUGGUGCAGUUCUACAGUCAUUUGGUUCUUUGGAGCCAAGUGAAGUUGAAGUGGACCCUAAGAAGGCAUUACCCAGCCAGCAAUACUGGAUCUUCAAGCACCAGUUCACCCUGGACCAGGCACAACUCUGGUGCCUUAAACGCUGUGAGGAGGAGGAGCUGUGCCACAUUUCUGAUCUGCGUGAUGAAGGCUCUGUGUAUUUCCUGUGUGAGCUGUACCCUGAUACGCGUGUGUGUGGGGCCUACGACAAACCCCUCAGGCAGGCCUGCAGCCUUCAGCUGCCCAGAGAGCCUCAGAGGGCCCACAGCAAGAGAGUUGACCUGACUGGAAGCGUGGAGAGCUUCUAUGCUCGAGUGCCUUUUAAGAAGAUGGUGUCCUAUUCGGUACGCAGUAGAGUGAACCUAUCAGCCAAGCCCAUCACAGAAGGGUUCUUUGAGUGUGAGCGUCGCUGUGAUGAAGACCCAUGCUGUCGUGGAAUUGGAUAUGUGAAGGACACGGCGUCAUCAUCAUCAUCAGGCUCGGACUUGCUGUGCCUGACACUGAACAGCCUGGGCAUUCAGACGUGCGGGGAGACUGACCGCACCAGCUGGAGGGUUCAGGACUGCAGUCCCUCCAAAGUGGAGACUCAGGUGUACCCAUUCGGCUGGUACGAAAAACCAGUGAACCAGUGGACCAGAAGCCCAAGUCUGUGUCCAGCCUUUGGCCUGCGCUCUCCCUCUAAGAAUGUGGCCAUGCUGGACUGGAAGCUCCUUGACCCCUCAGCUGUCCUGGUUGACCCGUCUCUCUCCAUGUUUGAUAUUGUGCAUAUCAGCAAAGACAUUGCUGGGGAUGCUGACAGGGUGAGAGACUGGUGCCUAGCAGCUUGUGAGGAGAGUGUGUCGUGUGUGGCGGUGUCACUGGAGAACAGGGACUCUUCGUCGCGCUGUGUUCUGUAUCCAGACACACACACAUGUGUUCCCACUGAGUACGCUCAGGACUGCCGACUUCGCAUCAGAGAGCCUGCUUCCCAGGUGUACCUCAGAACAGCCCUGAGGCAGGGUGUGCCCACCGUGGUGAUCCCUGGCCACGGGCAGCUCCUGGGACAGUCAGUGGUCACAGCUGUGGGUGUCGACAGGAAGAAUGUCCUGCAGUUCCUGGGUAUCCCAUAUGCCCAACCACCAAUCAAUGCACUUCGAUUCAGCCCACCUCAGCCAGCUGACUGGACAGAGUCCUGGAAUGCAACCUUCCCAAGACCCAGUUGUAUCCAGCCUGGAGUGACCUCUGGCACCAGUGAGGACUGCCUGUACCUGAAUGUUUUUGUCCCAGCUGGUCUGAGAGAGGCUCCAGUGUUGGUGUUCUUCCACAACCCCACCUCCACAGACGGACCUGGGCUCUUAGAUGGCUCUUACCUGGCCACAGUCGGGAACGUUGUUGUAGUCACGGCCAGUUUUAGGGUGUCAGCCUUUGGGUUCCUCAUCCCAGGAUCAGACAGCCUCCCUGGGAACUAUGGGCUCCUGGACCAGAUGGCAGCACUGCAGUGGGUCCAUAAGAACAUCGGUCAGUUUGGGGGUGACCCCAAACGCGUGACACUGGGCGCUGAGAGGAGCGGAGCGGACAUCGCCAGCCUCCACCUGACCUCCUCGUCCACUUCUGGCCUGUUCCACAGAGUGCUCCUCAUGGGGGGCUCGGUGUUCUCUCCAGCAGCGGUGCAGAGUCCCUCCAGGGCCCAAGAGCAGAGCUCGUCUCUGGGUCGAGAGCUGGGCUGCUCCACCACGGACUCUGCCCAGCUACUGGCCUGCCUCAGGGCAGCUCCAGCUGAAGCCAUCAAUGCUGCCCAGACCAAGCUGUUGGCGGUCAGUGGUCCCCUGCAGGCCUGGUCUCCUGUGCUGGACAUGCUCUCUGUAAAGGAGGACCCAGCGUCGGCGCUCAGAGGCUCUCGUUUCCACAGAGCUGACCUGCUGCUGGGCUCAUCCGCUGAGGACGGCCUGAUCAGCCGCGCUCGCAACAUCAAGAAGUUUGAGGAGCUGCAGGGCAGAGCGGACAGCAAGACGGCCUUCUACGAGGCUCUGUCCAACUCACUGGGUGGCCCUGAGGCCAGUGCGUUUGUGAAGGAGGCCGCCUCCUGGUUCUACUCUCUGCAGCACACGCCCAGUCCUGCUGGGUACAACGUCUUCUCCCGCGCCCUGGAGAAUGCCACCAGGGAUCUCUUUAUCAUCUGUCCAUCUAAGAAGAUGGCGGAGUUUUGGGCUGCGAACACGAGAUCUAGCGUCUUCAUGUACCAUCUACCUGAGGAUAUGACUCACACCAGUGCUGGCCUGUCCAUGCCCCUGGAUGUACAGCUAGUGUUUGGUCUGCCCCACAACACUGGCACACAGCAGCUGUUCUCCACCCAGGACAGGACGCUCUCCACCCAGAUGAUGACCUAUAUGGCCAACUUCAUCAAGACUGGUGACCCCAACGCGCCGCUCUCUCUGGCGCGCGUGUCUUUCGCGGAGCUGCUGCCUGUGUGGCCACGUGUGCUGGCUCAGGCUGCAGGGGACAACUACAAGCAGCUGACCGGAGCCCUGAGCAACAGCCGAACGCUGCGCAGAGCAGAGUGCUCCUUCUGGAACGACUACGUGCCUGAUCUGAAACGCUCCACCGCCAACCUCUCUCUGGACACCGCAGUGGCUGGAUUGACAGAUGCUGGAGCGCCAACACCAGAGACUAAACUAGCGCCUGCUUUCACAGAUGUGGUGACACAGAGCAAGCCCAAGUCUGAGAAGGAUGCCUACAAUUAAAAUGAUGGACACUCCUGACCACUCCUAUAUCUUCAAUCUACACCCAUCAUAUUAACCAGAUAUUGAUACUUAAUCAUACAUGAAUUAGCUCGUCUUCAAUCAACCUGUUAAAAUUCAACAAUAAAAUGCAUUGGAAUAAAAUGAA